GGUCCAUUGCUCUGUCAUGUUGAAAUUGCACAUUUUCAAGGGCAGUUACCAGUGUCUACUCUAUCCGGUCUACCCCGUGAGCACUAUCAUGAACAUGCUUUGCAGAGCCGGUCAAAUACGGAGGUGUGCAGCAAGCCUCAGCCACACCAUUAGCCAGGUAACUGCAUCAAGGCAGAAGCACACCCUCCCUGAUCUGACCUACGACUAUGGUGCCCUGGAGCCUCACAUCUGUGCAGAGAUAAUGCAGCUGCAUCACAGCAAGCACCAUGCCACAUAUGUUAACAACCUCAACAUUACAGAGGAGAAAUAUCAGGAGGCACUGGCAAAGGGAGAUGUGACAGCACAGGUUGCCCUCCAGCCUGCAUUGAAGUUUAAUGGCGGAGGUCAUAUCAACCACAGUAUCUUCUGGACAAACCUCUCUCCAAAUGGAGGAGGAGAACCGCAGGGGGAGCUGAUGGAGGCCAUCAAGCGGGACUUUGGCUCCUUCCAGAAGAUGAAGGAGAAGAUGUCUGCUGCUACCGUAGCAGUUCAGGGCUCAGGUUGGGGCUGGUUAGGCUACGACAAGGAGAGUGGAAGGCUUCGCAUCGCUGCUUGUGCUAAUCAGGAUCCUCUGCAGGGAACCACAGGUCUCAUCCCUCUGCUUGGUAUUGAUGUUUGGGAGCAUGCCUACUAUCUUCAGUACAAGAAUGUGCGACCAGAUUAUGUGAAAGCCAUCUGGAAUGUCAUUAACUGGGAAGAUGUGACUGAGCGUCUCCAAACAGCCAAGAAGUAAAUCAAAUCUCUAAAGUAUGCACUUGACCAUGGAGCAAAAAGUCUUUGCAAAUAAUUUUCACUUUUACCUUCCGUGAAGUAUUUUCAGUAGUGGCAUUUAUUUGUAUUCAGAUUUAAAAUAAUUUAGAUGUCCACAUGAUUUAAAUCAGAUUAACUUGAAUACUUUCCACCAUGCUGCAGACACCUUUAUUGCCAAUUUGCCAUCCAUGCAUGUAUGCAGACUGGUAAAAAUGUAAAAGUUGUUUGCAAAUGCUUUUUAUCUUAGGUCUGUUCUCAAUUACAGAAUAUUUUUCAAAGCGCACAACCUUUUAUCUAAUAAAUCAACCCAAAAACACAGAGGGUCAAGCUAACAGCUGUCAUGGUACCAGGAAUCAUAUAACCAGAGUGCAUAUUCCGUGAGCUGUAUGUCAGAAUAUUGUAAGUCACACUAAAGUCAGUCAUUGCUGUGAUGUUUUUCAUGUAUAAUAAUAGUUAUAAUAAAGUUUCAAUUGUA